UGUGAGGUACGGUGUGCGUGAAGGAGUGCGCAAGGCGAGGUGCAGCAUGGCGGGCCAGCCAGCAGCCGCAGUAUCAUCAUGGCUGUGAACAAGAUGAGGUCGUUGGCGCUCCUCAGCCGCCACAACGCUGCUCUCUAUAAUGUCACCUCCAGGCCAAGUUCCUGGUGGAGUGGGGUGGAAAUGGGCCCUCCUGAUGCCAUCCUUGGUGUGACAGAAGCCUUCAAGCGGGACACAAACCCUAAGAAGAUUAACCUUGGUGUGGGUGCUUAUCGUGAUGAUAAUGGCAAACCAUUUGUGCUGCCCUCUGUUAGGAAGGCUGAGGAGCUGCUUAUUAGCCAGAAACUGGACAAAGAGUAUUUGCCUAUUUCUGGCAAUGCAGACUUUUGUAAGAAGGCAAUUGGUCUUGCUAUUGGUGAAGACAACCCUGUGAUUGCUGAUGGAUUGAAUGUGACUGUUCAAGGAAUUUCUGGUACCGGUGCUCUGCGAAUUGGCUCUACUUUCUUAUCCAAGUUUUUCCCAGGCCCAAAGGUUGUAUGGUUGCCAGCACCAACGUGGGGUAACCAUGUACCCAUCUUCAAGCACGUUAACAUGGAAGUCCAGCAGUACAGAUAUUAUGACCCAAAAACUUGUGGCUUCAACUUUUCUGGAGCCCUGGAAGAUAUUUCGAAAAUUCCUGAAGGGAGCUUGAUAAUGCUUCAUGCCUGUGCUCAUAAUCCAACUGGUGUAGACCCCAAACAAGAACAAUGGGACGAGUUGAGCAAAGUUGUCAAGAGCAAGAAACUUCUACCAUUCUUUGAUAUGGCUUAUCAGGGCUUUGCAUCUGGUGAUGUAACUAAGGAUGCUUAUGCUGUACGGAAAUUCUUGGCAGAUGGUCACAAAAUCUGCCUUGCCCAAUCCUUCUCAAAGAACAUGGGACUGUAUGGUGAGCGAGCUGGUGCAUUCUCAAUUGUGUGCAGCAGCAAGGAUGAGGCGGCACGCGUUCUGUCACAGGUGAAGAUCUUGAUUCGUCCUCUGUACUCAAACCCACCACUUCAUGGUUCUCGCAUUGUCACUACUAUUCUGAGCAACCCAGAAUUGCAUGCUAUAUGGCUGAAGGAUGUGAAGGGAAUGGCUGACAGAAUCAUAACCAUGCGCAGUCAACUAAAACAUUUCCUUGCCAAAGAGGGCUCUGUACGGGACUGGACCCAUAUUACAGACCAGAUUGGCAUGUUCUGCUUCACUGGCAUGACACCUGAUCAGGUUGAAAAGCUGACAAAGGAGUAUUCUGUGUAUUUGACCAAAGAUGGCCGCAUAUCUGUGGCUGGUAUGGCAUCCGGUAAUGUUGAGUAUCUAGCUCAUGCAAUGCAUCAAGUUACAAAGUAAUACCCAUGGCAACUUUAAAUUAUUUAAAUAAACUUUUAUGUAAAGGAAAAUAUAAAUUAAUGAAGAGUGGCUUGCAAUUAUUUGAAUUGAUAAAACAUAAUGCAAGAUUAUUUCACAACAUUGUCUCUUGUCUGUCCCAGUUAAGUUAGAGGCAACUUUUGGCCUUUCAGUUCCAAAAAUUACUAAUUUGUCUUUUAUUUAGUCACUUUUCAUAUUUAAAUUUCAAAGUUAUAUACUGUAUGUAUGAAGCUCGAGCAGCUAUGAAUUGAGUCCUUAAUGAUCAUGUGGUACUGAAAACUGACAUCCUUGAGCUGGAUAUUGUAAUUAAAUUAGUUUGUAUUCAUGUAUAGAGAUAUAUCCUGUAUGUAAAAAUGACAAGACAGCAGAACUUUAUAUAUCAAAUAUGUCGACACUUGACCAAAGCAUUCUCAACUUCUUGGUACACUAGUGAAGUUAAUUUUUAUCAUUAUUUAAAGUCAAAUUUUCAUAAUUUGAAAGAGAAUUCCUGGAUAGUUUUUCAUUUACAUAAAAUAUAAAAUUCAUAAUUAAUGUAUAUAUAAUUAUUACUAUUGAUUAAUGUCUUUAAUUAAAAAAAAUGCUUUA